GAAUUCAACUUCCUGGCAGGAUUAAGUUAGGGAGGCGUACGAACACCGGUGUAGCCAAAAACAAACCAGCUUUUGACUCUUGAGGCCUCAAUACGCAGAGGUGACUAGGGGAGACUAACUUGAAAUUGUUCAUCUUGACGCUUGAGCUCAGAUCAUCGUUUAGGUCUCUUUGAUCUACGCGUAGGCAUGGGAAAUUGGGUGUUCUCCGUGCUCCGCUAUCGGAACGUUUAUUUCGCUGAAGACCAUAGAUUUGACGAUUCAAGUGGGCUCGGCGUAAAGGUUCUUCGGUCUAUGCGAAGGCCCAAUGCCAUCGCAACCCAUCGGCAGGUGUUGGGAGAGAUCCUAGACGGUUUGAAAACCCCUUCGCAUUCUCUAGCACCGAUGAAAGGCGGUGAAUACCCUCCGUCCCCCUUCCACCUGCGGCGGCAGCGGAAGCAACUAGAAAAUAGCAACUGGAUCGACUGGGAGUGGAUCUAUGAAAUUGAUCUUGAUCGCAAUAUCUUCCACAUAGAUGGGAUGCCUUUUUUCUCCUUGGAAUGCCUUCCAGACGAUGAGGAUUUUAUCCAAUACAUCUCUGAAGAUCAUUAUGGCCACCUAGCUUGUGCAUCACAAUGCCCCCCUGAGCUUAAGUACAAGAGGCCAACACCGCCGACCGUCGACAAUUCUGACCUCGCGACAUACCAAUCUUUUACGUGCACUGGAUCACACGUGGCUUUGAGUGACUUACUCGCCAUUAGUGACUUCCUGUCUCCAAACGAGCAUAUUCGGGUCUCAUUACUAGAGGUCAUGGUUGGGCAGUGCAUGAUUUGCCCAGUCAUUGGCAAGGAAAUCCACGAUAUCGAGCUCGUAUCUGAUCAUAAUCAGCUCACGAACGACCAAUGGUCAAUUGCAUGCUUCGUGGCCAGCAUUGCGUUUGUUCCUCCGAUAUUCGACGGUAUCUUGCGCGUGAACCAUCCCGAACUGAAAAGAAAAGAGUUCACAUGGGUUCGCGGGGACACUGUUGUUUGCAUCGCAACACAUCUAGAUGACGAGCGAUGCCUACAGGCCUCUGUGUCACGCCUGAUCAAUGAGAUCAUGGAGCAGAAGGAUAAUUCUGGUGAUUACUUUGGAAUUGCGUUUUCCGUCUACCAUUGUGCACUCGUCAAAGUCAUCAAGGACGCACACACGAUGACAUUCAGCCAUACAAACGCCCUCCAGUUUCUACCAUCAUUCUACGCAGAUUCACCUACCACAGCAGGCAUCACUGCUCUUGCUCGUCUUGGCUUUCGCAUCGACCCCGCACUCUUUGAGCGCGUUGUGGAGAUUUGUUGUCGCAAGGCUUUCCUCAAAAGGAGUAAUGAAACGGAGGAAUCGCUCGGUCAUGGAGUUGAUGGCAGUGAUGAUAUGCCUCCGAAUACACUAUGUCCAGCGCUGCCUCUUGAGCUUUGGAAAGAGAUUGCCCUUCAUCUCCAUUCCCUUGAACUCAUCCCCUUUGGGUUGGUCUCGAAACUAUUCCGUGAAGUAGCCUCGAUGAUACUCCGCUAUCCCCACCUUGGUGGAUAUCGCCUGGUCGCUGCUCCCAGAAUGACCCCAAGAUAUCUCCCGGACCAACAUCUCUCUCUGCGUGCUGCAUCUUUUCCUGCUGCGAGAGCAGGCAUCCCUGCUACUGUGCAUGUUGGAUUGGAGGAGUUCAAAGAUGGACCAUCGGAGAGUUUGAUCACUCCGCUCAGAGUCGCAGGUUGCUUUCUUUUCGUGCAUAUUUCAGCCAAUUCCUGA